CCUUCUUAGAUUUACAAACCCGUCACCGAGUCACCAACCUCCAAAAACUCGCAUUUUGCCAGCUGAAAACGACACACCCCCCCUCCCGGGAGACGCCGUCGUUUUGACGCCGGUGCCUCCGUCACGCCCUCAAACCCCAGAGAACAUUCCAGACACAAUGACGCGUAGCCUCAGCUUCUCUCUACCCGUAACCGUCGUCAUUUUAGCCAUCGCCUACAUUUACUUCUCCACAGUCUUCAUAUUCAUAGACCGUUGGUUCGGUCUCAUGUCGUCGCCUGGCUUAUUGAACGCCACCGUUUUCACCGGCGUGGCCCUCAUGUGCGUCUUCAACUACACCAUCUCCGUCUUCAGGGAUCCGGGUCAGGUCCCCUCCACGUACAUGCCCGACGUCGAAGAUUCGGGUAACCCUAUCCACGAGAUCAAGCGCAAGGGAGGGGAUUUAAGAUAUUGCCAAAAGUGUUCUCAUUAUAAGCCAGCUCGAGCACAUCAUUGUCGUGUGUGCAAAAGAUGUGUUUUGCGAAUGGACCAUCAUUGCAUAUGGAUUAAUAAUUGCGUCGGCCAUGCAAACUAUAAGGUCUUCUUCAUCUUCGUUGUGUAUGCUGUAAUGGCAUGCUUCUAUUCCCUGGUCUUACUCAUUGGUAGCCUAACUUAUGAUCCUGAAAAAGAUGAGGAACAAACUGGAGACUCUUUUAGAACUGCAUAUGUCAUUUCUGGGCUGUUGCUAGUUCCAUUGUGUGUGGCACUGAGUGUUCUUUUAGGUUGGCAUAUCUACCUCAUUUUGCAAAACAAGACCACAAUUGAGUACCAUGAAGGAGUGAGAGCUAUGUGGCUUGCAGAGAAAGGAGGGCAAAUCUAUUCCCAUCCAUACGAUCUUGGUGCCUAUGAAAAUUUGACAAUGGUACUUGGUCCAAAUCCCUGCAGUUGGGCACUCCCCGCAUCGGGACAUAUUGGAUCUGGACUCCGCUUCCGUACAGCCUAUGAUUAUGCUUCUGCUGCAUCAAUGUCAGAAUGAAGCUUUCUCGAUUCAUCAUCUUGGUUUGCAUUGGUGAGAACAAGACUUACCAAUGUGACGGGUUGGAUGGUCCGAUCUUGUGGUGAUGUCCAGCAGUCCUUUUCCAUUGUCCUAGGAGUCGCUCCAAAAGAAGAAAAAGGCCUUUCCUUUGUCUCCUACUAAUGGAAUUAUGGUCUAGGAGUUCCUGAAACUGUUCGCUUCUGUUACACGAUUUUGGGGAAGCAGUUGAGUAUAGGGUCCUUGUCAAUAGCCAAAACUAAUCAGUGUUUGAGUAGCUAGAUGCAGCAUAUGUGGGUUACUUUUUUUCCUUGUCUUUGGGUAGUUACUUUGAACUAUAGUUUACAAUUUUACUUACAGCAUGGUCUCAGCUGAUAGGUUUUGUACAGAGAGGGAAUCAGCAUCCCAGCUUACCAACCAAGGCACCUUUUGUAGAGGACAGCGCGGGGUGCCUGUGUAACUUGGAAGAGUUGUAAUCCUUUUGUAACGUGAAAAUAAUAAGAGAAAUGGUGCUUUACUUUUUGUUUUUGCUGAAAA